UCCCCGUUAGGCGAUCGACUCGCUACUGAUUCGCACGGAAGACGCGCGUUCUCUAGCUUUUGUUUUUCAUAACAAUUGGUAUUCUUACUUGACCGCGCUUUUGCAGAGUGGCUUGUGUCCGACUUUUAUCGAGACAGUGAAUCGUUUCAAGUAAAGAUUCAUUCCAUCUAUACGUUGAGGGUAGAAAAUUCGCGAAGCUACCCCUCAUUGUUACGACAUAACCUGGUGCUUCACCAAUUGCCGGUCGCUGACUUUCAUCGCGAACAUUUUGUUUAUCAGUCUUUUAUUGCACUUGUUUUUACAUUACCUAUACGGAACUGAAUAUUUUUGAAAUGGAACCAGUACGGAAAAAUCCCGACCCUCGCCGGACAAUCGAUGAAGGAUUUGACGAAGCUGUUGAAGAAAGAGUCAUUAACGAGGAGUACAAAAUAUGGAAAAAGAAUACUCCUUUUUUGUAUGACCUCGUUAUGACCCAUGCCUUGGAAUGGCCUUCGUUGACAGCUCAAUGGUUGCCCGAUGUCACCAAACCUGAAGGAAAAGAUUACACUGUCCAUCGUCUCAUUCUUGGAACUCAUACUUCUGAUGAACAGAACCACUUGCUUAUAGCUAGCGUCCAACUUCCCAAUGAAGAUGCUCAGUUUGAUGCUUCUCAUUACGAUAGUGAAAAAGGUGAAUUUGGCGGGUUUGGUUCAGUCAGUGGAAAGAUAGAAAUUGAGAUUAAAAUCAAUCAUGAAGGAGAAGUAAAUAGAGCAAGGUUUAUGCCACAAAAUCCUUGUGUAAUUGCUACCAAAACCCCAUCUAGUGAUGUUCUGGUAUUUGACUAUACAAAGCAUCCAAGCAAACCUGAUCCAAAUGGCGAAUGCCAUCCAGAUUUGAGAUUGAGAGGACACCAAAAAGAAGGUUAUGGUUUAUCAUGGAAUCCAAACUUGAAUGGGUACCUCCUUAGUGCUUCUGAUGAUCAUACUAUUUGUCUGUGGGACAUCAAUGCAACUCCAAAGGAAAAUCGAGUCAUUGAUGCAAAGACUAUCUUUACUGGUCAUACUGCCGUUGUGGAAGAUGUUGCCUGGCAUCUACUUCAUGAAUCCUUAUUUGGCUCUGUCGCAGAUGACCAGAAGUUGAUGAUUUGGGACACCAGGUGUAACAAUACUAGUAAACCUAGCCACACAGUAGAUGCUCAUACAGCUGAAGUGAAUUGUCUAAGUUUCAAUCCAUACUCAGAAUUUAUCUUAGCCACUGGUAGCGCUGAUAAAACUGUGGCGUUAUGGGACUUGAGAAAUUUAAAAUUGAAAUUACAUUCAUUUGAAUCUCAUAAGGAUGAAAUAUUCCAAGUUCAAUGGUCCCCUCAUAACGAAACUAUUCUGGCUAGCAGUGGUACUGAUAGGCGCCUGCAUGUUUGGGAUUUAAGCAAAAUUGGAGAGGAACAACAACCCGAAGAUGCCGAAGAUGGUCCUCCUGAACUUUUGUUCAUUCAUGGUGGACACACUGCUAAAAUCAGUGAUUUCUCGUGGAAUCCGAAUGAACCAUGGGUAAUUUGUUCAGUAUCUGAAGAUAAUAUAAUGCAGGUGUGGCAAAUGGCUGAAAAUAUUUAUAAUGAUGAAGAGCCAGAAACUACGACUGGUGAAUUAGAAACUAACGCCCUGUAAGAUGAAUUAACUUACAAACUGUAUUCCUUUUUUUUAAAAUGAAUUUUAAUUACGUUGUUUUACUGCUAAAAAGAUCUUUCUUCAAGAAUUGAAUCUUGACCGGGUAGAUUGAGACUUUAAUUAUCUGAUAACACAUCAUUGUAUUCUUUGUCAUUGUUAAGACCAUUAAGACCGUUUUGAAUAAGCACUUAUAUUUUUUGUAAAUCUGACUGUCGAUAUUUUUUUAAAGUUUAUCAUUAAAAGUAUUAAAAAAUA